UCGUGGGUAAUGAGCUAGUGAAUAAUUAACUCACCCUUUUUUGGAUCACUGCUGCAUUGCUUUAAAGCGAGUGGCUUGCGAGCUCUGUGAAACAGUAUCCAGUACAUAACAACUUGCUGUUGAAGAAUGAAGUGGGCUCUCUGUUUCCUCUGCCUGGGAAUGCACGUUGCCCUGAUCAGGUCAAACCGACCCCACAUUCAUCCUUUUCUCCUCAUGUACGUCAAUAAAACCCAGUCUGAUGACCAAGUCAACAACAAGACAUUCCUGCCACCUUUGGCCGAGUUUCUCAAACUUCAAGCUCGGAUGGUGCCUGACUCUGGAUCCAGUGAUGAUGAAGACCAGGCUCACCCAAAGACCAAGCAGAUCUGGCUCAAGGAAAGAAACACAAAGUUGCAGGCUGUAGCCAUAUCACAAACUGAAAACACCGUUGUCUUACUCAAUCAUGCUUUUCCCCCAAACAGAUGUGCCGACUUGGUGCUUUCCCCCUUGCAGAUCUACAGCAGCCUGGCGGCACUCUCUCUGGGCGCCGCAAAUGCCACCGCUCAGAUAUUUCACGACAUCCUGGGUUUCACAAGCAGCAGCCAAGUGACCACCGCAAAUCUGAGGGAGAAAGACGCAAGCGUUCGGCAACUGAACGACUUUCUCCUCUCGUGGCUACCAGGACGCUAUCUGUCCACCAGAAAUUGGAUCUUUGUCCAAAGGGAUAUCAAGGUCCUGGAAUCAUUUGCUGUGAACGCCAAAGAGUUUUACAAUGUUAACUUGCUCGCUAUUGAUUUCACUCACACACCUCUUGCGGAACAGCUAAUAAACAGAUACAUGCACAACGCAAGUGGGGGGGGCAGAGUCAAGGAUCCAGUAAUUGGCCUCAGCCCUACUGCAACAAUGAUGUCUGCAAGCUACAUGGAGUUCAAAGGAAAAUGGAAAAAAGCAUUUGAAUCUCACACGACGGAAUUGCAAGAUUUCUUCAUUGAAGAAGAUAGAAGAAUACGAGUCCCUACCAUGUCACAAGCCGGUUGGUUCCAGGGAAUAGUUGCUCACGAAUACACGGCCAUUAAACUCCCAAUGGCUGGAUCAACAAGCAUGACCAUUGUGCAACCAGUCAAGGUGGACCUGAUGCAGAAGAUUCACAGAAAGCUUCCCAUUCGCACCAUUUUUGAACAGCUUCAAUCUAGAUUUGUCAAAGUGUCUUUACCCAAGUUCAAACUGGAUACGACUUACAACAUAAAAGAUAUUUUCCUUAGGAUGAAAGGCCCAGAUGCAUUUAGCAGUGAAGCUGAUUUCUCAAGAUUAAGCAAUGAUGGAAGACUGAAACCCGACAAGGUUAUAAACAACAUCAAUUUUGAACUAACUGAGGACUGGGAAGAACCAGUGGCUCAAGGCAAUGUUCAAUUCAACAACGCCACAGAAAUCAAGAUAAACAGGCCGUUCCUCUUUCACGUUUAUGAUGAUGUUUCAAACACACUGCUGUUCGUGGGCAGAGUAAAAAACCUUACUGAAUAUGAUCAGAACUGAUUGAUGUUAGGUAACGAUACCCCGAAUGAAAGGUUACUCACUCGGGCUGCUGUUUUUUUGAGGAGAUGUAUGUAUUUGGAUCUCAGUGAGUAUUGCUACUAAAAGUAACAUAUUGGUGAGUAAAUGGGUGGGGGAGUGGGGAGCCAUUAAUUUUUUAAAAAAGAACCAUCCAAUGAAUAUUGCAAGUGGAAACCUCCAAGUGGGUACCUCACACAUUAACUCGAUGUGAAUUCUAAGACAAGACACAGUUUUCAGUACAAACAGAUCAAGGUGCUAGAAAAGGUUGAUUUUAAUAUAGUUUGUAAGAAGAGCAAUAGAAGAAUUAAUAGUGAAUAUAUACAUAUAUAUGUGUAUAUCAAUACCCAUAUAUGCUUAGGGGUAGGAAACAGGGGAGAAAGAAACUGUUUUACUAACGUUUUAGGAAUUGGCAGAAUAAGCCAUCCUGGUUCUGAAAGGCCAACGAUCAGUCAGUUGUGAUGGUGAGAGAAGGCAUGGAACAGGCUUC